AUGACACCAACUCCUGUGGAUGCUGGUGGAGACACCAAAACAGGCGUCUACACUCAAUAUGAUGACUUGGGAUCAACCGCUGCAAACUCCCGAGCCAAUUCCACAUUAUCACUGUCUACAACAGAGGACUCGACGAGAAGAAACUCGGAAGACAAAGAAGAUCCAAACAGACAAUCUCAAGAUGUCGAGUUGCAGUCAAUCCGCACCAGACCCCGCGGGAACUCGCACAUGGGCGAGGCACUAGAGAAUCUCUCCCGUACCAUGUCCAAUAUGCCAGAGAACGAAGAAGGCCAUCUUGAUCUCGGCGCAGUGCAAUCCCGUCGAAGCGAGCGGAGCACAGCCCGUCGCUCAAUGAAGCACAUGCCCGACCUGGACGAAGAAGAAGCCGGCUCUCCCGCUCUGGCCAAAUACCAGGGCGUUCCUCCCGAACUCGGCAGUCUGACCUCCGAGCUGAUCUUCGUGGGCGUUUGCUCGGCGGGACUGAUGUUCUUCGCUUUCCUGCUCGGCGAUAUCACCGUGAACCAGAUCGAGCUGAGGCGUGCACUGGGGAUCACCAAUACCCAACUUCCAUGGCUACUGGGCGCUUACACACUGCCGCUGAGUUUGUCAGUGAUUAUAUCCGGCUCGCUGAGCGAUCUUACCCCGCCACGAAUGAUAAUGGUCGGAGCAUUCGCCUGGCUGACGAUCUGGAACAUCGUCGGCGUGUGGUCGAUUAGUCCCGAACGAGUGAUUCUCUUCUAUAUCGUGCGCGCAAUGCAGGGACUCGCGAUCGGAGUCCUCGUCUCAGGCUCAAUGAGUAUCCUUGGACGAAUCUAUAAACCCGGUCUACGCAAGAACCAAGUCUUCUCUGCCAUGUCGGCCACGUCGCCCUUUGGAUUCUGGCUCGGCGGAAUCCAAGGCGGAGCGUUUAAGUCGUGUUUAUACUGGAUUUUCGGCUCCAAUGCUAUCAUUGCCGGCCUGUGUUUGGUAGCAGCUUAUAUGGUGAUCCCGCCUUUACGUCCGAUGGCGGAUAUCGUAGGCGCAGAAGUACCUUCGAUCCGUCAUUUUGAUUUCCUCGGCGCGGGCGUCGCAGUCACGGGCUGCAUCUGUCUUCUUUUCGGACUGACGCAGGGCGCUGUUGUUGAGUGGUCACCAUACACAUAUGCGCUGGUGAUUAUCGGCAUUCUCCUUUUGAUCAGCUUCUUCUUUAUCGAGCGAUGGGUUGAACGUCCAUUGAUCCCCAACAGACUAUGGAAAACAAAGGGAUUCACGCCGCUGAUGAUCGCCUAUUUCCUCGGCUACGGCGCCUUCUCAGGCUGCUGGCAGUUCUAUGCCGUGCAAUUCUGGCUUCGAGUCCAGCAACACAGUCCACUGACCUGUGCCCUUUAUCUACUACCGAACGCUAUCGUCGGCGUGCUCGCCACAUGGGUAGUGAGCAAAACACUGCAUGUUGUCCCGGGUCAUUAUAUCUAUUUCACAGCCAUGCUCGCCUUUGCGCUGGGGCCGGCCUUCUUCCUACCACAGAGCGCUGGUACAUCGUACUGGCCUCUAUCCUUCCCGGGUAUUGCGCUCGUCACGUUCGGACCCGAUCUGUCAUUUGCCGCGGCGUCGAUCUACAUUACCAGUAAUGUUCGUCGGUCGUAUCAAGGCAGUGCGGGUAGCUUGCUCGUCACGAUGCAGAAUUUGAGUUCGGCUGUGAUGACGGCCGUGGGAGAUGCGAUUGGCAGUAAAGUGGAUAUGGAUGCUGAUGGUAACAUUGGGCUAGAUGGACUUCGCGCUAUUUGGUAUUUUGCUUUGGCGGCCGAGAUUGUUGCUGCUCUGAUUACUUUGAUUUGGGUGAGGAUUCCCAAGGAGGAGGAGAAAGAGCAUGUUAUUUGA